GUCUCGACGUGCAUCAUUUACAUAAACAAUUAAACGCACUAACUACCUAGUACUGGGUACCUACUAGGACCAGUCUACCACCAGAUAGUUAUGUACCUACGUAAGUACCUAGUAUAGUGGAUCUAAACCCUUUUUCGCGGAACGUUGCCAGCUUGGCCAGACCAAAGUUUCCAAUCAUUGAUACUUGCAUACCUACAUUCAUUACUUACCUACAUUUAUACAUACCGUUGACCUAUACAACACAUUUGCGCGCCGUCUUCUCUCUUGAUGAUAGAAGCGAGAUACUUGGAAUCUUUUGUUCCAUCACCGAUAGAGAAACACGUUGCGACAUUCAAAAACUACAUUAUUCGAGUCGCAAAAGUAGAAUUCCUACAUCACAUGAAAAGGACAGACUACCGUCACCUUUAACGUUAACGAAACCGAAACGGAUACAUAUAUCCAUUAUUUGUAGUCGCAAACUUGACUUACCUCGUCCUACUUCUUCCUCAAGUUCACGUUUAUACACGAAUCCGACCUCUCCGAUUUCUAUUACUCGACAAACCUCCUCUUCCACGAAUGGCACCUGUUGCUUCUCCUUAAGUCCGGCGCACCAUGACUUCCUUGGUCUUUGUGGUGUCCUCUCUUGAGGCCAUCGCCGCAUCUAAAGAAGCCCAGAGAAACAAACAGCUUGCCGAGCUUACUGAGAAUGCCCUCAAGGCCAUCAAAGAAGGCGGUACUGAGCUACCCGACCCCAAAGUCGUAUUUGCGCCCUUGCAACUAGCUACCAAGACCGGAACCAGCCAAUUAAUCAACAUUGCCCUCGACUGCAUACAGAAGCUCACAUCCUCGUCGUAUUUCUCUGUGAAUGUGAACACAAGCAAUGCCCAAGAGGAUGGUGCCGAACAAGCUCCUAUAAUAGAUCGUGCCAUCGACACCAUAUGCGACUGCUUUCAAGGCGAGACUACACCGGUUGAUGUUCAGCGACAUAUCGUCCAGGCCCUGCUAUCUGCCGUGCUAAAUGACAAAAUCGUCGUUCAUGGCGCUGGCCUGCUCAAAGCCGUGCGCCAAGUUUACAAUGUCUUCCUCCUUUCCAAAAGCGCCGAAAACCAACAAGCCGCCCAAGGGACUCUAACCCAAAUGGUUGGCAUGGUGUUUGAGCGCGUUAAGCAGAGGUUGCAGAUGAAGGAGUCUCGCGUUAGCUUAGGAAAACUGAAGCAUAGCUCUAGCAAUGUUACCUUCGACCAAGCAGAAUCUGUCGUGAACGGCAAUGAUGUUAGCGCUGAGCAUGAAGAUGACGAGGAGACCCCAGACGACAUGACCACCAACUCGCUCCCAGAGCUUGCGCGUACAGAGUCAUCCAGCGAGGCCGGUGUGAAACUGACCUUGAAAGAUCUUGAGCAUCGAAAAAGCUUUGAUGAUUCGAACUUGGGUGAUGGGCCAACCAUGGUCACACAACUAAAGGCACCUAAAACUCCCACAAGGAGGGUAUCGGAACAAGCCCAAAGCGAUUCGACCCACGAAGCCGACGAAGCCGAAAUGCUCGACGCCGAGGAUGAAGUCUACAUUCGAGAUGCUUAUUUAGUUUUCCGAUCGUUCUGCAACUUGUCAACCAAGGUCCUUCCUCCCGAUCAACUUUACGAUGCUCGUGGACAGCAUAUGCGAUCCAAGCUCAUCUCUCUCCACCUCAUCCGCACUCUUUUAAAUAACCACAUACUCGUCUUUACGUCACCUCUGUGUACAAUUACUAAUACAAAGAGCAAUGAGUCGACUGGAUUUCUCCAGGCUAUUAAAUUCUACUUGUGUCUUAGCAUCACAAGAAACGGGGCAAGCUCCGUGGACAAGGUGUUUGAAGUGUGCUGUGAAAUAUUCUGGUUAAUGUUUAAAUUCAUGCGAGCUCCAUUCAAGAAAGAGAUUGAGGUGUUCCUUAACGAAAUCUAUCUCGCACUUCUAGCCAGACGGACCGCACCACCCUCCCAGAAGCUUUAUUUCAUCAAUAUUCUGACCAGAUUCUGUGGUGAUCCUCGUGGGCUAGUGGAGACAUAUCUCAACUACGAUUGCGAUUCUCAUGUUGAUAACAUCUUCCAGACCGUCAUUGAAGAUCUGUCAAAGCUCGCUAUAAGCCCUGUGUCAGUCACGGCAGCUCAAGAACAACUAUACGAGGAGAAGACUUCGAAUCCGCACCACGGAGCAGAUUGGCAAUUAAAGGGCAUGCUACCACCGCCCUUGAAUGUGAGAGAUAUCAUGCCUCCGAAUGAGCCGGAGCCAGAGAUCCCUCGUGAAUACGUAAUCAAGAGGGCGGCUUUAGACUCACUUGUCGAGGCUUUAAGGUCACUUGUAAAUUGGUCCGUCAUUGGACGUCCAGAUGCCAACGGCGCACCACGUGACAAUGAUGUUCGGGCUUCCGCCGACGAUAUUCGAGAGUCCAUUGACCCAUCUGCUACCGAUAGUACCUCUCGCUUUGAAACGCCGUUACCCCCGUCUACCCCCGUCGUGGACGAUGAUCCGGACCAACUAGAGAAAGAAAAGGCUCGAAAGACUGCCCUAGCCAACGCCAUCCGCCAGUUCAACUUCAAGCCAAAGAAGGGCAUCAAACUUCUUCUCCAAGAAGGCUUUAUACCAAGUGAUACCCCUGAGGACAUAGCCAAGUUCCUAAUCUCGGAUGAUCGAUUAGACAAGGCACAAAUCGGCGAAUAUCUUGGUGAAGGAGAUGCAAAGAACAUCGAGACCAUGCAUGCUUUCGUUGAUACGAUGGAUUUUGCUAAGAGGCGGUUUGUCGAUGCUCUUCGACAAUUUCUCCAAUCUUUCCGUCUUCCUGGCGAAGCUCAGAAGAUUGAUCGAUUUAUGCUCAAAUUUGCGAAUCGAUAUGUGAUGGGCAACCCGAACGCCUUCGCCAAUGCCGACACAGCUUACGUCCUGGCCUAUUCCGUCAUUUUACUCAACACGGAUCUCCACAGCACCAAGAUCGCCAGACGCAUGACGAAAGAAGAUUUUAUCAAGAACAAUAGAGGCAUAAACGACAACGCUGAUUUACCGGAUGAUUAUCUCAUUGGUAUUUAUGACGAGAUCGCGGGCAAUGAGAUUGUUCUCAAGAGUGAACGAGAGGCUGCUGCCGCGGCAGGAAAUCUGCCGGCGCAAUCAUCAGGUUUUGCUGCUGGACUUGGACAAGCUCUUUCAAAUGUCGGUAGGGAUUUGCAGCGAGAGGCGUAUGUGCAACAAUCUGAGGAGAUUUCACUUCGCUCGGAGCAGCUCUUCAAGAAUCUGUUCAAGAAUCAGCGCAAGAAUGCCGCGAAGGCGGGUAUCAAGUUCAUCCCAGCUACCUCUUUCAAGCAUGUCGGGCCCAUGUUUGACGUCACCUGGAUGUCGUUCUUUUCCGCUUUCUCGAGUCAAAUGCAGAAGGCGCAAAACUUGGAAGUGAACAAGUUAUGCUUGGAAGGGAUGAAACAAGCCAUCAAGAUCGCUUGCCUGUUUGAUUUGGCAACUCCACGGGAGGCAUUCAUGUCUGCCCUGAAGAACACCACCAACUUGAACAACCCCCAACAGAUUCUCGCCAAGAAUGUUGAGGCCCUGCGAGUUAUCCUAGAGCUCGGCCAGACGGAGGGCAACUACUUGAAAGAGUCGUGGAAGGACAUUCUAAUGUGCAUAAGUCAACUUGAUCGACUGCAACUUAUCACUGGUGGUGUUGACGAAGGGGCCAUUCCCGAUGUGUCCAAAGCACGGUUCCUACCACCCGAGAGGAGUGGUACAAGUGACUCUCGCAGGUCGACUGUUUCCACACGACGACGGAACCGGUCGAAUCCGGGCUCGAGGGGCUUCUCUAUGGAGAUUGCUCUCGAAAGCAGAUCUGAAGAAGUCAUCAAGAGCGUUGAUCGUAUCUUUAGCAACACGGCAAAUCUUAGUGGCGAAGCCAUUGUACACUUUGCCAAAGCUUUGACCGAGGUGAGCUGGGACGAGAUCAAAGUGUCGGGUUCCAAUGACUCUCCUCGUACGUACAGCUUGCAGAAGAUUGUCGAGAUCAGUUAUUACAAUAUGACUCGUGUCCGGUUUGAAUGGAGUAGCAUAUGGGCAGUCUUGGGAGAGCAUUUCAACAAAGUAGGAUGCCACAACAACACAGCGAUUGUGUAUUUUGCCCUUGACUCGCUACGGCAGCUGUCGAUGCGCUUCAUGGAGCUUGAGGAACUUCCUGGUUUCAAGUUCCAGAAGGACUUCUUGAAGCCCUUUGAGCACGUCAUUGCCAACUCAAACAACUUGACCGUCAAGGAUAUGGCCUUGCGGUGUCUAGUUCAGAUGAUUCAGGCCCGGGGCGAGAACAUUCGUUCUGGCUGGAGGACCAUGUUUGGCGUCUUCACGGUGGCGGCCCGGGACCCCAACGAGACCAUUGUGAACUUGGCAUACGAAAACGUCACGCUAGUAUAUAAAACACGCUUCGGUGUUGUUAUUUCGCAAGGUGCAUUUACAGAUCUGAUAGUCUGUCUUACCGAAUUCUCGAAGAAUAUCAAGUUCCAGAAGAAGAGCCUGCAGGCGAUGGAGACUCUCAAGUCGAUAAUACCGAAAAUGCUGAAGACUCCGGAAUGCCCCCUGUCGCAGAAAUCCAAGCUUAAGCCAACAACCAAUGGCUCGGAUAGCCUAAACAAGUCAACCGACACUCUGCCCAGACAACAGAGCGGCACAUCCAUCGAAGAGGGUUUCUGGUUUCCCAUCCUGUUCGCAUUUCACGAUGUCUUGAUGACAGGGGAAGAUUUGGAAGUUCGUUCUAACGCCCUAAACUAUUUCUUUGAAGCCCUGUUGAAAUAUGGCGGUGACUUCCAGGCUGAUUUCUGGGAUAUCUUAUGGAGACAACAGCUCUAUCCCAUCUUCAUGGUCCUGCGCUCGAGGCCGGAAAUGACAAAUGCUCUGAACCACGAGGAGCUGUCUGUGUGGCUUUCCACCACCAUGAUUCAAGCCCUCCGCAACAUGAUCAUACUCUUCACCCACUAUUUUGAUGCCCUCGAAUAUAUGCUUGAUCGCUUCCUCGAGUUGUUAACGCUAUGCAUAUGCCAGGAAAACGAUACGAUCGCCAGGAUUGGCAGCAACUGCUUACAACAACUAAUUUUACAGAAUGUGACCAAAUUCGGAGAUGACCAUUGGACUCAGGUCGUCGGAGCAUUCUGCGAACUAUUCGAGAGGACGACGGCUAAGCAACUCUUUUCGGCUACAACUAUAGUUACGCCCUCCGCAUUGUCACCGCCCCCAGAUGGUCUAGGAUUUGAAGUACCCCUCACGCCCACAGGUACAGGUGACACCCAGGCCGAGGAGAAUUCUCUGAAGAUAAACAGCAGCACCGACAGAAAUAGCAUUUCAUCAGGCGCUGACUUUAUCUCCGCCGCUAGUCAUCAAACUCUCAACCCAGAUGAGCCCUUGCGUUCGCCCACGAAUGGCACCCCUGGCGGUCGUCUGGAGGAUUAUAAACCUGCUUCAUCACUUCAACAACAGCCCGUGGUAGUGACGGCAGCUCGACGGCGCUUCUUCAACCGUAUCAUUUCCCGAUGCGUUCUACAGCUUCUCAUGAUCGAGACGGUUAACGAGCUCUUUUCCAAUGAUACUGUCUACUCUCAGAUUCCAUCCAAGGAACUGUUACGCCUCAUGAAACUGCUUAAGAAAUCCUUCAACUUCGCCAGGGCGUUCAACGAGGAUAAGGACCUGCGCAUGCGCUUGUGGCGAGAGGGGUUCAUGAAGCAACCGCCUAACCUCCUUAAGCAAGAGAGCGGUUCCGCCGCUACCUACAUACAAAUUCUAUUUCGGAUGUUCGCCGACACAUCGCCGUCUCGCGCCGAGAGCCGACCCGAAGUCGAGAAAGCCCUGGUCCCUCUCUGCAAGGACAUCAUCAAGGGAUAUCUCGCGCUCGAGGAAGAGUCGCAGCAACGUAACAUGGUGGCGUGGCGUCCCGUCGUCGUCGACGUGCUGGAGGGAUAUUCGACGUGGCCGGAGAAAGAGUUUGGCGAACACAUGGAAGGCUUCUAUCCGCUGGUCGUGGAGCUGCUCGGCAAAGAGCUUAGCCCGGAUUUACGGGGCGCCUUGCUUGCGGUUCUCAGGAGGGUCGGUGAGGUCGGGCUGGGUAUCGAGGGUAUGUCGAAUGGCCGCCGCGAGAGCGUUUCUGGGCCGGCUGGUGUGGCUGGUGGUGGCAUACCUACCGGGGCUGGAGCUGGGAAUGGGGCUGCGGCGCUAGAUCCUGAAGUGGAAGUUGGCGAACUCGGAAUGGGGGCAAUGAAAGCAUGAUGAUUGAGGCCGUGGAUGAUGGAUGAUGGAUGGGUUGAUUUAAGUGGGGGGUAAUUACGAAGUUUGAUUGAGAGAGAAUCAUAUGGUUUAUGGUGUAAGGUUUAUACAUACUCCUCGCGUACUCCUCGCGUACCUACCUACACACCUUAGGUUGGUAGGUAGGCGACUUUGUUGCUAAAGAAAAGGAAAAAAGGGUAGAUGGAAAGCGAAAGCUAAAUUCUUGUUUGUUUUGCUUGCUUAUUGGUCUGUCUGUUGUUGUUGUUGUUGUUGUUGUUGUUGUUGUUGUUGUUGUUGUUGUUGUUGUUGCGCACACAUAUGUUGAUUUGUUAUUCGUUAUUUGGUAUUUAUUAUCAUAAAUAACCUUGGACGGAGAGAAGGACAAUGGCAUGGCAUGGCAUGGCUUUUAAAAUCCGGUCGCGCGACUUCUAGAGAAGGAGAGGAAGAGAGAAAGAUGGGGGAGAUAGGGGGGGCAGGAAGGGGAGAGGGAGAGAUACAAACGUUGGCCACAGGUAUGUACUGUAUGUAUGUAUGUACUUGGGUGUUUGGAAGGUGGCGAAGUC